AUGUUUUUGUCAUUCCUUUUUGUAUAUUUAUUAGGUGGAUUAACCUUUCUUCCUCUAUUGGCUUUGAUUUACCUAUACUUAACGUUUCAAAGCAAAACUGAUGAUGACCGAAAAGAAAUCUCUAUUGACGACUACAAAGCGACUGUCUCUGAUUCCCAACAAAACAUUGUAAUCCAAGACUGGAUUAGACUUUCUCCCACUUUCUUAAAUGGUAAUAGUGGUUCCGUUAAGAUACAAGAAAUUGUUGAUGAGACUUCUGACGGAAAAAUCGAUUCAAAUACGAUACUCUCAGACUUAAAGCUUACAACUAAAGAAGGGAAAACAACCCGUUACGCUUUAAAAAACCCAAAAAAUGUCUAUUUCGUAAAACUAAUCGAUGGAAAACUAUUACUACACGAUCCACUAAACACACAUUGUUUACUAAGUACUCUGGUUUUAGAGGAUUACCACGUAAGCAUACAUCCGUCUGAGGUUUCUGAAAAUGAGGCAUUCAGCAACAGAAAUGCGAUUUUGUUGGAGCCUACUCCAAAAAAGUCCUCUUCUCAAUCUGAGGAGAUUUCUGUAGAAACCCAAAAUUUGUACUUUUACGCAAGGACCCCGUCUAAAAAAGAAGACUGGUAUUUUAAUAUUCUAUCCUUCUCAAAAUCGUGUCCUCCUCUCAGACCUAUUGACGGUCCUGUGAAUUUUGACUAUGACACCGUCAAAAACAAUCUCGACAACAUCUCUUCUCCUGAAUUAACUUGGCUUAAUGGGUUUAUUGGAAGGAUUUAUUUGGGAAUAUACAAGUCUGAGGGUUUCAAGAAUAUUGUUAAGCACAAAUUAUCUCGUAAACUAUCUAAAAUAAGUACUCCCGAAAUGAUGUCUGAAAUUCAAGUCACAAAUGUUGAUGUUGGAGAAUCCGUUCCUGUUGUGAACAACCUAGAUCUAAUUUCCUUUUCAGAAGCAGGUGAACUAAAUGUAGCAGCAGAUAUUCUUUAUCAGGGUGACUGUAGCUUUAAGGCGGAGACGAGUGCAAAAUUAUCUCUUGGAUCAAGGAUUCCCUCUAAGAAGGUUACAUUCUCUCUGGUAAUCCACUUGCGCCAUUUGUCAGGAAGAGUUCGUCUUCUCGUCAAGCCUCCCCCUUCAAACAGAAUAUGGUAUGGCUUCUACAACGAGCCGAAGGUGGAUCUUCAUGUUGAGCCCAUCGUAUUUCAAAAGCAACUUAAUAACAGCUAUUUACUAAACUUCUUACGCAACAAGUUACUAGAUUUAAUCUUCGAUACAAUGGUGCUUCCACAUAUGAACGACAUUGCAUUUUUCUCGGAUGAACCUUUUCCAGUAAAAGGAGGCUUGUACAACUCUAAGGACUCAAAGUAUUACGAUGCACCACAAGUGGAUGAGACGGACUGGAAAUCCAUGAAAUCAAGCGAAUCUCUUUUAAAAGACGCUGGCUCACAUAAAUCUUUUAAUAGAGACCUUAAUGAUUCAGACAACUCUCCGUCUGACGGAGAGACAAAAAGCCUUCACUUACCAACUCUUACUCCGUCCAAUCCUAAUCAGGAUUCUGUAUCGACAGAUAAUCAAUCCGUGAACUCGACCCCUUUGGAUAGAAAGAGCACAAAGUCUCGGAAAUCGAAAACUAAAUUCUGGAACGACAAUUCUCAGUCUACCAUAUCCGAUACGACUAAAAAAUAUGGAAUUGUCGCAAAAAAGUCGUUCUAUCAGGGAAUAUCAGAAGCGAAAUCAAUAGUGAAGAAACUCCAAGCCAACUACUUGGAUUCUUCUGAAGAUGAGAAUGACAACACGGAUGCAAGACGCGAUACAACUAAUACUACAGAAGAAAAGACGGUUGCCGAACCCAAGAAUGAAGAAAACUCCACGGAAAGCCCAAAUUUAGUCGAUAAUGGGAAAAAAAAUGCUACCUCAGAGACUGACCAAUUGAGAAAUUAUGAUAUGAGCUUUGGAAACGAAAACUUACAGAGCAACUCUGUUUCCGACGUUACGCCAGUACAAGAAACGAAAACGAACACUGAAGGACAAGACAAUACGAGUAGCUACAAAGAAAAACGAUCAACAGAAGACAAGGCACAGGCGAACCAAGAAGAUUCUAACACAAACGGAACUUUGAAAGCUAGCAGGCAUAAGCUACCUCGUCGACCAUUACCUUAUGAUGUUCUUAAUCAGAAUGAUAAAUAA